AUGCAGCUCAAAUCUCUCUUCGCCCUCGCCCUCGCCGCCGCCGUCACAGUAGCAGCCGCCACCCUCGACAAGCGCGCCCCCACAAAGGCAGAGUGCUGCUGCUGCUACGGCGGCCCUUCCGUCGGCUGCGCCGCGGACCUCAACUGCGCGGGCUACACGCCCAGCAUCGGCGUCUGCCUCGACACGCGGUGCCCGUUCAAAUGA